GUCUUUUUCCGGAGAGGAAGGACGCUUCCCCAGGUUGCGGGAAGAUUUGAACUGCUGUUGCUUUCCGGUGUUUUGUUUUGUUUUUUGUUUUUUACGGGCUCAUAGUUGGCGCUGCCGCUUCUCUCCUGCUACCCAAACAGGACGGACGUCUCGGCCAAAACACUCUCUCUGUGGCCUUAUUCCCUUGCGGCCGUGAUUGUUUUCUCUCAUCAAGAAACAUCACUUGUUGGUAAUUUGUCAAAUUCAAGAAAUAACCCUCGAGAAACAGUCUUGGGCAGGCUUCAAGCAUUUUGUCUUCACCUUGGAAGGACAUUUUAUCCCUAGUCCUAGUAAUGGCAGCUGAAGUGCGGAUGGUACUUUAUGAAGAUGAUUCAGUGCAAGUGCAAUAUGUUGAUGGUUCCAGACUACAGCUUUCUCCGUGUGGCUCCGAAUUUUUAUUUGAAAAGCCACCUCCUAUUUCAGCACAUCCUUUAGAACAACCAGAAAGAAUUCGGCAAAGGACACACUUUGUUAUUAGCACUUACCGAGAGCAACUACAGCGAGCCCUAGAUUUUCGAAAUUCUUUUGCUGUUUGCCCUUUUUUAUCUGAAAGCAUCAUACCUUCUGAAAGAAAAAAGCUUAUCUUCGUUGACUUCUCAGAAGUGAGAUGGCCCAGUCCUGACACCGAUGAUGGCAUGAUACUUACACAGAGCGGCAGCGUGAAGAUAGCAUCAUUGGAUGGACAUGCAUACCUUUGCCUGCCCAGAUCGCAGCAUGAAUUUACAGUACAUUUUUUGUGUAAAGUAAGCCAGAAGCCAGACUCAUCUAUAGUAUUGUCAGAAAAGAAGAAUCAAGCCAGAAAGGACAAGCUAGUUGAAAAAGCAGGCAAAAUCUGUACCUAUGGAAGUUUACCAAGACAGAGACUGAAGAAUAAAGAGAAUGAAAUUUAUUGUCCGCUCACGAAAUCCAAGGAAACUUUAGAGAAGGAGAGCUGUGCAGACGGAGCUGAAGGGAAGGAGGAGCCACCUCCGCCUGGUACCCGACACAAGUGUGUAUACACGUGGGUGAAGCAGCGCUGGCCUGUGGCCUCCUGUCCAGAGGAAUGGAAAUAUCCUUUGUCUUUAGCACUUCAUUUUCAUAAUAAAAUCAGCAGUAUGUCGAGAAGCGAGGCAGACACCACCCAGAGUAGAACAUUCACUUCUGAGAUUUCAGAGGAAAGAGGAAAAGAGGUUUCUGUUCUUCCCAGGGCCUUGCUACUCAGCUGUCCUGUACCCCACCUGCACAGGUGGAAUUUUUGUGACUCACUUUCACAAAGACAGUUGGAUGAAGAAUAUUCCUAUCCCGAGCUGGUGAAAGUGGUUUGGUACAAAGGUGUAACUUACCGACUAAACCAUAAAAAUGUGAACUCAAUAGAGAUUUAUCCUGGAGAUGGAUCUGUUUUCAAGUCAGAGGGAGCUUAUUUGGGGAGGUAUUUUACAUAUUAUUCCAUUCAAGAAGGAUCAGAAGAGAGAGAAGAGAAGACUUAUUCAGUAAAUAACCUUCCUCCUGAUAGACCAGGAAGUCUGUUCUCUGUGUGUUCUCUCAUUAAACAGGCAACCAGAAUUCUUCAACAUUGUACCAAGACAAGGCUUUCUUUAAGCCAUAAUUAUCGUAUAUGCUGCUGGAAAAUGGUACCUGGGAUAAAGGAUAACAAUAUACUGCCUUUGCUUUUGAGAGAAUCAUUCAUACCCAGUGUGGGAAGAUUUCUUGCAUACUCUGAUGACAAAGUACAUGCUCUCUUUUUAGAUGGCAUUACUCUAACCCUAAAUUGGAAUUUCAGCUCUUUUAUGGAAAAGAGACAGGUAGAUCAAGGUCUCAACUUAGGUUGGGGUAGGUUAACUUUUCCCGAUGGACAAGAUCAGUUAAUUCAGAUUGAACAUCCUGGACCAUAUAAAAGAUAUGUGACAGCAGUUAUAUCAUGGUGCAGAAGACUGACCCAAACUAGUCAGAGAGAGAUGCCCACACAUCCUUCAUCUUCUCUUGUUGAAGAAAAUUGGUCUGUGGCCUCUGAGCUUGAAAAAAUAAAGAAGUUUAACUUGCUACUGGAGAACAGUGGUAUCCUAAACCAGAUUUCUAACAAAAAAAACAAACAGUCUUCUGAUCAUUAUGAAUCAAAAUCUCCAGAAACCUUGCUGGAAGAAGUUAAUGAAAAGAGAGUAUCAGUGGCAUUGAAAAAAACCUCUGAAAUCCUUCAGGAUAUUGACUGUCUUCUAUCAAGUUCUAAAAGAUGAAAAACAAUUAUUAUAUACCUUAAGGAUGUUGUUUCAAGUGACUAGUAUAAAAUUAUUAGUAAGCCAAGAAAUUAUAUAUAUUACUUCUUUGCGAUGAUAUGAAAAAUGACAUUUAACUUUGGAGGUUACCUAACUUGUAAAUUUUAAAAUAU